AUGAAGUUCUUCAUCCUCGCCGCUGUCUUCGCUAUUGCCGCCGCCGAUUCCUACAGGUCCGACGAAUACGCACCAAAGUACGUGGCUCCUAAAUAUGAAGCUCCCAAAUACCACUCCUCUUCAUACGGCGAAGUCAGCUACGAGGCUCAACCUUACGAGUUUGGGUACGCCGUGAAAGAUGCUGAAUACUACGCUGAUUUUGAUCACUCCGAGAGAAGCGAUGACAAAGUCACCACUGGAUCUUACCGUGUCGCUCUCCCCGAUGGCCGCACCCAGAUCGUCUCUUACCGCGCUGAUGCCAACGGAUACACCGCUGAUGUGAAAUACGAAGGCGAGGCCAAGUACCCCGAAUACGUCGAGAAGGAAUACAAAACCUACUCUGCCCCAGCCUACAAGGCUCCCGAAUACAGCGCUCCGGCCUACAAAGCCCCAGCCUAUAAAGCUCCCGCACCCGUGUACUCUGCUCCCCAAUACAAAGCUCCCGUGUACUCUGCUCCCGCUUACUCCGCCCCAGUCUACAAGGCCCCAGCCGCCGUCUACCCUGCACCAGCCUACAAAGCUCCAGAAUAUGAAGCAACCACCACUGCAGCAUACGAAGCUCCCGAGUCCGACGAAUACGCACCAAAGUACGUGGCUCCUAAAUAUGAAGCUCCCAAAUACCACUCCUCUUCGUACGGAGAAGUCAGCUAUGAGGCUCAACCUUACGAGUUUGGGUACACCGUGAAAGAUGAAUACUAUGCUGAUUUCGGUCAUUCCGAGAGAAGCGAUGGCAAAGUCACAACUGGAUCUUACCGCGUUCAACUUCCCGAUGGCCGCACUCAGAUCGUCAAUUACAAGGCUGAUAGCUAUGGCUACACUGCCGAUGUCAAGUACGAAGGCGAGGCCAAGUAUCCCGAAUACGUCCAGUCCAAAUACAACACGUACUCUGCCCCAGCUUACAAAGCUCCCGAAUACAGCGCUCCAGCGUACACCGCUCCUGCCUACAAAGCCCCAGCCUACACCGCCCCCGCCUACAAAGCUCCCGCUUACACCGCCCCAGCCUACAAGGCCCCAUCCUACACCGCUCCGGCCUACAAAGCCCCAGCCUACACCGCUCCGGCCUACAAAGCCCCAUCCUACACCGCUCCAGCCUACAAAGCCCCAGCUUACACUGCUCCAGCCUAUUAAGCUUCCACUUGCACCACCCUCCACUGGCUCCCUCGAAGUGGUAGAUGCUAAAAUAUUGCUGAAGAUAAUUUAAUACAAGACUUUAUG